AUGAAAGAAAUUAUGAAGCUGCAGCCAGAAAUCACGCUGUCUCUCAGGCUGUGCCCUGCCGUCGUCGGCAACAACGACGACGACGAAGAUGGGAACUUCGCCAAGUGGAUGAGCAGCUACUGGGGCCACGGAGCGAGUGAGGAGCAAACGAAGGGGAGGAGGCGGAGCCUGAUGCAGCUGGGCCACCUGCAUGCAGACCGCCGGGCCUCACUGCCCUGCCAGGCCCAGCUGGACAGGAUGCGUCUGCAUGGGCUUCACGACCGAUCCCAGAGAUCCCGGAAGGAGGUGAGCACCCGCCCCCGUGCCCGCUGCGCCUCCUCCGACGACAGCCAUCACAGGAGGGCCGCCAACUGCGAGAAGCGGAUAAGCACCAUUCCCGAGCUCUCCGAGUCCUUCGAGAGGAAGCCGCGGCUCCGGGCUCGUGGUGUGGCGGUCACGAAUGAUGUUGACAAUAUGUGUCUAAUUCAUCAAGAGGACAUAAGAGGAGGCAAGAGCUGUGCCCACCAGCUCCACAGGGAAAGUUGCAAAUCUGGUCUCGCCAUCUUUGAUUGGUUGAUGAGGAAGGUGAAAAGGUCAGAGCACGAGGCUCCCUGCAGCGACAGCGGAGGUCCAGGCGAGACGUCGGGAGGCGCCCGCCUCGGUGCCGAGCAGGAGGAGCGCCGGCCGUCGCAGCUCAAGCUGUGCCCGGGCUGCCAGCGCUGAGCCAGAGAGCUGGGCUUCCUCCUAGUCUGCCCACAGGACAUCCACAUCCCGCUCCCUCAGCUCACAAGCCGGCCUCAGACUCUCUCACACACUCCUCUGUAAACAUCGGCUCUGGAUUUUGAGCCAUGCUUGUAGUUUGGCUGGACAAAGAGGAAUUAUGUCCUGUGUCAUCACCUCGUUCUGCAUUUCUGUACUGUGUUUUACUGUACAGACUGGUAAUCAAGCAAAAGUGAUUGACAAUUUACCUUAUUUUCUGCCUUGUUCGAUUUAUGUAGGUUGACUGUCAGCUUAAUAUUAUACAAUUCAUCAGUUUACUUGAACAUUUUUGCCUAAACUCCAUAUUCUCCAUACUAUUGUAAUAUAUACAUAAAUUCAUAUAUGUAACAUGUGUUAUACAGAUGUACAUUAUUUUGUCUGCCCUGUACACAUUAUUUUUCAAAACUAUUCCCAUCUAUACAUUUUCAACUUAACAGCUGUUUGAAGUUAUAGUGACAUAUAAAAUAAGCAGAGAACAGAGAACCUUCCCUCACAGGUGAAGUACAUCUGCUGAAAUAAUAAUGCUCUGUAACACAUUUUUCUUCAAAUCU